AAUGUGGAGACAAACGACCCGGCCGUCGUCAAAGAGCUCCGACAAUCAUUUGUUGAUGCUGGUGGAAUGAGGAUGGAAGGACAUUUGUGGAGCUGCCUACUUGUGGGCGCAUUCAUAGUUUCGAGAGUGAAGGCGGAUGUAUCGCUGGAUUUGACAUAUGUCGGUAACCCGGCCUCGGAUAUCUACAUCGGGGAGACCAGAACACUUAGAGUGGUUGCAACGUUUGACGCGGAUAAAGUCUAUCACGGUAUUCGAAUUGAACUCCUGCCGUCAACCUCAAGCUUGGUGUUUGCUUUGAGUGAAGUGAUCAGUGCCACUAACACAGGCUGCACCAACAUUUCAAAUCCCAGUACCAAGGCCGAUAUCGUGUCUCACAUGUUCAGUGACGCAACGAGGGAAUACGAUCAAACAAAGGACAUCGUUGCCUAUAAGAGCCGGGCUGAACUCGAUCUUGGUACCGUCACAGCCGGAAGUGGGCCUUGCGCUUACACAAUAGAGUACAAGAUUGAACACGUGUCGCUCGGGAAUCAAAAUGUCGGUGCCAUAUAUUGGACAAGCGUUGGCAUGGAGUACACGGACGCUGGUUUAAACUACAUUUGGGUCAGACAGGUGGACAGCGUCCUAAAGGAUGUCAAACCUUCGCCCAAUCUUAGCUACAACUACGCUGUGAAGCCUGUUUGUGGCCCGGAUGCAGUUUUUCAUCCCGGCUCGGUGGAAUACUUUGACCUUGAGAUCACCACUGAACGGGGCAAGGUCGCUGGUCCGAUGAUCAUUGAAGUACCCAUACCAGAUAACCUGACAGAGCCCUUGCUGACGUUCGUUAAUGCAAAGGUGGUCUCCAAAGGGAAAAACGUCGUCUGCACGGCUCUUGGGAAUGUGUCAACAAAACUUUCAGACUGGGUUUCCGGCUCAAAUGAAUCCGACCGGACAGUUAUGAAUCUUCCGAUGGUGUGUAAUGUACAAGAGAAAGACUCCGUCGACGAAGACAAGUUCACUGUGCGCAUUGGUGUGCGUAUCAAAGAUCUACCGGCUGUCUUAGACGGAAACAUGACUCAAGUGAUUUUCAGUCUUGGUCUCACGGUCAGUGACCAGAUCUGGGUGUACACAACAACGGCCAAUGUCAUCAAUACAAUGCAUCAGCUUACACCGGCCUCAUCCGCUUUUGUGAAAGGAAUUGUGAUUCCAAACAACGAGGUGCCAGCUACGUGGCCGACUGGCUUUGACCUGGAAUGGAGCCUAGAUAAUGGAAAGUUCUACCCAAGCGAGAGUUCGUGGUUUCAACAAUCAGCUAGUACAAAACCCUUCACGUUUCAGUGGCUUCAACAAUCAGUUCGUUCCGACUGGGAGCUUGAAGAAGGGCUCAUGGGAUACUGGUUUCGGCUUGUUAGCAAAGAUGGAGGCUGUUUGCCUGCAAGCUAUCAACUGAAGUCUGAAAGGUGGCUCCCGUAAAGUCGGUAAACGCAAACAUCUAUGAAGGAAGGCGACCUCUGUAAGAUCAGCACUCAGCAAUCAGUAAGAACGCAGUACAAAUGUGUCCACAAAUGGGACUCGCACGACCUAAUUUCUUGUAACAUCUUCAGGACCAUUCCCUAAGUUGAACGUCAAACGACACCACUAUCGUCACAAUGGAAGCGAAAAUAGAACUUUAUUUCAAUAGCCCAAUGCAUUAUACUGAAAUAUAGAACAAAAAUGUGAAACAAACAUAUUCUACCCGUCACUAUUUGAACUUUCUUACACUUAAUAAACAGAUGUAGCUUUAUUGGUUUGCUGAUAUGGGAUUCCGAACACAAUUUCUGCACGGUGUAUUUUUAUAUUAUUCUAAUGCACCCAUAUAUGGACUUUUUUCAAAUUUAUUGUUUGCAUUUUUACUAUUUUACAAACAUGACGUUAUGUACAACUAACAUUGCAAUUCUUCUUCGACGUCUGGCUCGAUUGUCUACAAACUGCUCAUAACUGCCCAUAUAUGUCAUAAGUUGCCCUCACAAUAAUAAUUUCAUUUUUAAAGUUUGUAUAAUUGUUUUAAUAUAAUUAUUCACGAUGGUGUUAUAAUUUGAAAUCACAAUGUUAAAGGCCAAUAUUAAACCACCAGCACAACAUAUGGCACCGAAUUCUUAAAUUAUUCGAAAAAUAAUGAUGCUGACGCAAUUACAAUAUCUUUAACCAUUAAAAUAUAAUCUUCUUUCACAGGCUGUUCCCGAAAAUUGAUAUUACCCAGUAUUGAUUUUUUUCCGAAUGCUGGGCCCGUAUUCACCAACCGAUUCUUAGAAUAAAAAAUAGACUUAGAACCAAGAAAAUGUGUUCAGUGUUUGAAUAUAUACAGGCCUCCACUGGUGAUUAUGUCAUUAACAAAAUGUUCUAUACGAAGAAUAAUAUAAAUAGAGAUGUUUACUGCAAAGUUUGAAUCAAAAUUAAAGAAAUUCUUGAAUAUACAAAUUGAAAGAAUUUUCUUUAUUCUUAGACUUAAGUCUAAGAUUUGUUUGGUGAAUACGGGCCCUGAUGUAAAACGUCGUCAGAAAUUAUGCAUACCUGUUUUAUAAACAUCUCUUGUUAAACUAUGGUCAUUGUUAAAUUUCACUCUGCUUUUCUUUGAAUUUGAAGCUUAGAUUAUAAUACAAUUUGUGUUGCUGUAGAGUUUCAAAUUACGUUUGAAAUAAAUUUUGUGUUGGAA